AUGCUGGAAAAGUCACUCCACAGGAAAAAUAAGGAAAAGCCAUGGCAUUCACCUAUCAAACUUUUAAUGGUGUUCGUCUUAUACGCCACUUUGGCUGUUUUAUACUGGUACGCAAAGUUGCCAUCCGCUGACUUCGACUUUGGGAGCCACAAUGACUUAUCUGCCCCAGAACCACAGCAACAAGUCCAGGAAUUUUAUCAGGUGCCACAAACACAGAUGUUUCACUUGAAGCACGUGUUCCAUCACGGCGCAGGCAAGAACCACCGCAUUCAUCGCCGCUUGGAUAUCACUUCUGAAUUCUUGCGAAAGCACGAGAAGCAGUUGGAACAACUAGCCACUGAAAGCGCCAGUGGUGAAUCCCAAGCGAUACAACAAAACUCUAACGGGUUCGAUUUGGAGGAGGUGGUGGCCCAGAACGACUGGCCUCGUGCCAAAAAGGGCAAGAACCCAUGGACCAUUGGGCUCCCUGUCAAGGAACGCUCACAACGGGCCAAGGUUACCAGACUAACCGAGAGACACACGCCGGGGUUCCUUGACUCGUAUCUUGAGUAUGCAAUGAAAGUAAAGGGCAAUAGCGCCAAAUUGAACAAAAUUGGGCUCGAAUGGGAUCCGGAGGCUGAUAUCCGUGUUCCGGAUGUCCAUGAUAAAGAUACGCUAAUUUCUCUUGCAUUGGUGUCUUCCAAUGCAUAUGUGAGGUUGCCCCAGAAUGACGAUGAUAAGAAGCAUCUGGACUGGAUCGAUGUUGGUGACCCAUGGAAUCCUGAUGAUGACCACCACGACGUCAACUUUGGAUGGGAUGAAGAGGGACUCCGUGGCCACAUUUUCGUCAGUAAUGACUCCAAAACAGUUAUCAUCGGCAUUAAAGGUACAUCAGGAGCAGGCCUCCCAGGUGGAGGUUCUGACGAGACAGCAAACAACGAUAAGAUAAAUGACAAUUUGCUCUUUUCGUGCUGCUGUGCCCGCGUGGGCUACAUGUGGACCACAGUAUGUGACUGUUACGAGAAAACUUACACUUGCAACCAAGACUGCUUGGAAAGCGAGCUUCUCCGCCAGGACAGAUACUACCAGGCUACCCUUGACUUGUAUCGGAAUGUCACGGAGUUAUACCCUCCAGACAAGACAGACAUCUGGGUGACUGGACAUUCCUUGGGUGGAGCAUUGGCUUCCCUCUUAGGUCGUACAUAUGGUUUACCUGCCGUUGGAUUUGAGGCUCCCGGUGAAAUGUUGGCAACCAAGAGACUACAUCUUCCACAAGCACCAGGAAUUCCUAAGCAUUUGGAGCAUAUUUGGCACAUUGGAAACACUGCAGAUCCUAUUUUUAUGGGAGUAUGCAAUGGAGCAUCAUCUUCGUGCAAUAUGGCUGGUUAUGCUAUGGAGACUACAUGCCACACGGGGCAGAUUUGCGUUUAUGAUGUGGUUACUGAUAUGGGAUGGCAUGUGAACUUGCUCAACCACCGUAUCCAUACCGUGAUUGAUGACAUCAUCUUGGCAUAUAACGAGACUGCUAAAUGUGUUGAGCAGCCACCUUGUCGGGACUGUUUCAAUUGGCGGUAUACCAGUCACGACGACACAGAGCCUGACGAGCCCAAGCUCCCGCACCCGUUGAAACCACGUCCCAGCACUACAACUCGAAAGUCCACAUCCAGCUCGCUGUCUGGAAGUAUUCCCCUGCUGAGCACUACGGAGAGCACUAAGCCCACAGAAAGUGAGAGACCAAAGAAAUGUUUGGAGAGAACAUGGUAUGGGUGGUGCCUGAAAUGGGGAAACGACGAUGAAGAGUAG